AUGCAAAACGACGAGAUUAGUAAAGUGUUCCAGCGUUGGAAUAUAGAAGGGCCACUCCGGUCCACUUACUUGAUCCAAAUCGGGGCAGAGAUAUGUCAGAGGAAGCAGACAUCAGAAGGCGAGGGAGGACAUGUACUAGACGAUGUGCUGGAUAAGGUGGUACAAGACGAUGACAACACUGAAGGUACAGGAUUCUGGAGCGUCAUGGAGGCUGCUGUACGACAUGUGUCAGCUCCCACCAUUGCAGCUGGGCAAUUCCUCCGUGUGGCUAGCGGAAACAGAGCCGAACGUCUUCAAGUAGCCAACGAGCUUCAGAUGCCGUCGCCUCACCAGGCAAAUGUGCAAAACCGAAAAGCCGUUAUCGAAGACAUCCAGAAAGCGGUAUACGCAUCAUUUGUCUGCGCCUUCUGCCAAGGUCUCGAGCUUAUCAGCAAAGCCUCGGACGCAGAAGCAUGGGAGAUCGAUCUUGCGACUUGCAUCCGCAUCUGGCGAGAAGGCUGCAUCAUUAAAUCGAGCCAGAUCGGUCACAUGAUGGAAGCUGUCCUAUCUGUUAAGGGAGAAUCCAAGGUGGCCAACGUCAAGCUCCUCAAGCCCGUCUCGCAGGCCUUACGGGAGAACCACGAGGCACUGAAAAAGACCGUCCUAAUGGCAACGGAGUGGGAGGCGGUAAUACCCAGCCUGUCUGCAUCGUUGGAGUACCUCAAGUACUGUGGGAGCACGGCUCUACCUACCCAAUUCAUGGAAGCCCAGAUGGAUUUCUUUGGCGCACAUGCGUUUGAUCGGCCAGGUGUUGAAGGCGAAGAUCCUGGCAAGCCGCACAGGGGAGCUCAUCACUAUGAGUGGAGGCCUGCAUGA